AUGAUGGUAAGCUCCUACUCACCUACCACAGAAACUGAUCCACAAGAAUUCGAUGCUCAAUUCCACUUGUCAUACUUGGCAGAUGGCAUCCAAGCAGGUGACAUUGCUCCAAUCACUCGUUAUCCAGAUGCCUAUGAAAAAGCCACUUCUUUCUAUAGAAAUCAAUAUGGUUUAGAUAUCUCUGAUAAUGGUUCUCGUCUCCCACCUGGCACUCAAUUUUUCACAUCAGUCGGUGAUAAAUAUGUCGUUGAAUAUGCAAAGGUUCGUGGUUAUCCAACUUUGGCUGGUUCUCAAGAUUUGGGAGUGUAUGAUGAUGCCUUUGCUAUCAUGCUCACUCAACCACUUGUUGUUCAUGGUGCUUAUGGAGGUAAGAAUGGUACUUGGGUUGAUAGUGGCUCAGUAUUGCCAUUUGGGUUUUAUACCUAUUUUUGGAAGGUUAAUGGAACGACUGCCUUUCCAAGAAUUACUUGGUCUAGUCCAAUGCCAAUGAGAAUUUCAGCUGAUGGUUCAUUGGUUGUCGAUUGUGAAUUGACUUCAAAUAUUUGGGGUAAAGGAAUGGCUAGAGGUUUGAAUUUGAUUAGAAUUAAUCCUGCCACUGGUCAAUAUUAUGUCUCUGUUGUCAGUUCUCAUACUUUCCCAGUUAGUCAAACUGAUAUUAGUCCAAAAUGUGCUGCCAUUACCACUGAAAAGGAUAUUUUCAAUGAAGAUUUCAUUAUCAAGUGGAAUAAUGUCUUGUUGGCAACUGUCAGAGAUUUCAAAGUUGCUCCACCUGUUGCUUCCAGAGCUAUGGCUAUUGUUCACUCUGCUGUUGAUGAUGCUUUGGGUUUCUGUAGAAGAUUGAGAUAUACUGGUAGACCAUGUGAUUAUGCCACCAUUGCUACAACUGUUUCCUAUGCUGCUCAUAGAGUUCUUGGUCAAUUGUUCCCAAAUAAUAUUGAUUGUUAUACUGCUGCUUUAAAGAGCGCUUUGAAAUGUAAUGGUUGUCAAGAAUAUGAAAGCUCAGAAUUAACUAGAAUUGGUAAGGUUGCAAUCUUGGCUGCCGAUAGAGUUUUGAGAUCGAGAGAUAAUGAUGGUAGUUCUGAUUUUGUUGAUUAUCAAUUCAGAGAUGGUCCAAUGGAUUAUCAAAGUCAUGCUCCAAACUAUGUCAGAAUUCCAUUGUUGCCUCAAUGGUCAGCUGUUGAACCAUUUGGAAUUCAAGAUGUUGAAAGUUUCAGACAAGGUCCUCCACCACAAAUUGGAACUCCUGCAUUCGAAACUGCCUAUGAUGAAGUUUUCUUGUACGGUAGAAAUGAUUCGAGCGUUAGAACCUUCGAUCAAAGAAGAAUUUCUUGGUUCUGGGAUGAUGGUGCAGGUACUGCCACUCCACCAGGUCACUGGAAUGUCAUCCUUCAAUCAAUUAUUAGAAGUCAAGGAAUUACUGACACUUUCAAGAUUUCAGCCAUGUUCAAACUCUUGGGUUGUUCAGUUGCUGAUGCUGGUAUCGUCUCUUGGGAUCACAAAUAUUUCUAUAAUGCCCUUCGUCCAGUAACUGCUGUCAAUAACAGAAAUAGAAAUCUCAAUUGGUUCCCUCUCUUGGCCACUCCACCAUUCCCAGAAUAUACAAGUGGACACUCAACAUUCUCUGGAGCUGCUGCCAGAAUUUUGAGUUUAUUGUUGGGUAGUGAUGAUAUAACCUUUGAUGUGACAAGUGAUGGUUACAAGUAUCACACCAGAACUUUUAACAGAUUGUCAGAUGCUGCUAAGGAAGCUGGUAAAUCAAGAAUUUAUGGUGGUAUUCAUUUUGAAUAUGCCAAUCAAGCUGGUUGGAAUUCUGGUGUUGCUGUUGCCAAUGCUGUUUACAAUCAAUUGUGUAGAAAUGGAAAUUGUCUUUAA